AUGGCCCCCCCGACUCCACCCUCCCGAGCUAAGCCGACUCCUCCCGCCUCUGAGUCCCCUGCUUUCUCUGUUCCCCCAGAUCUGGUGACCCCCCCUCCCUACACCUCUCCCACGGCCCCCUCCCGUUCCUCUCCGGUUCCUACUCCCUCCCCUUCCACUCCGGCCCCUCCUAACCUCUCCCCCUUUAACCCUACUCCGGCCUCUUUUGCUCCUGUUCCCGCCCCUGAGGCUUCACCGCCGGCCCCAGAUUCUCCGGCCAUUAACCCUAUCUUGUAUCCUCCCCUUCCCCCCGUCAAUCCCUUCUCGUCUCCGGUUAGCUCCCACACUCGCUCCCAUAGCAACCCUCCAGGGGCCUCCCCUCCCCCUCCCCCAGCCCCGCUACUCCCUCUGCAACAAGUAGCCGGAGCUGAGGGUCUAGCCCAGGUUGCCUCCCCUCCCCCUCCUCCGGCCCCGCUACUUCCCCUGCGACAAGUAGCCGGAGCUGAGGGUCUAGCCCAGGUCCACGUCCCCUUCUCUCUCCAGGACUUAGCACAGAUCGAGGCCAAGCUGGGAUCCUUUUCCUCCAACCCCACUCAGUACAUUAAGCAGUUUACUGGUCUGACCCGCGCCUAUGCCUUAACAUGGCAGGACAUAUAUGUCAUCCUGGGGUCUACCACCACCCCCGAAGAGAGGCAAGCCAUUUGGACGGCAGCCAGGGCUCAGGCCGACCAGCGGCACUGUGCUAACCCCUCCCCCGAGCGCCCCCCGGGAGCUCAGGCAGUUCCUGACACCGACCCUGAUUGGAACUACCAGGAAGGGGGUGGCGGCCAGCUGCGGGUACGCUAUAUGAUAGAGUGUAUCCUCGAUGGGAUGCAAACGUCCUCCCAUAAGGUUGUAAACCUCCUCAGACUAGAUGAGGUGACUCAGGGGCCCGACGAAAACCCAGCCAUGUUUCUUAAUCGGCUGACUGAGGCCCUUGUUCAAUACACCAGACUGUCCCCUGAGUCCCCCACUGGGGCAGCUACCUUGGCCAAUCGUUUUAUCUCCCAAUCCGCACCUGACAUCCGAAAAAAACUGGCCAAGGCCGAGGACGGCCCUCAGACCCCUAUUCGAGACCUGGUAAAAAUGGCCUUUAAAGUUUAUAACGCCCGUGAAAAAACUGCUGAGGCCAGCCAAAAGGCAAGGCUCAAGCAAGAGGCCGAAUUUCAGGCAAGCCUCCUAAACCAACAAACCCAGGCCUUAAUAGUGGCCCUGCGGCUGGCGGCAGGCUCGGGGUCCCAAAACCCCCCUCCGGGGGCCUGCUUCAAGUGCGGCCAAGAAGGACACUGGGCCAAGAUGUGCCCCAAUCCGCGGCCUCCUUCCAAGCCAUGCCCGUUGUGCAAACAGCGAGGACACUGGGCUAGUGACUGUCCCCAGGCCUCUCAGGCCCCGACCUCUAGGGGCCGGGGACCAGAGCGCCCCAGGGAGACCUCCUGCCCUCCUCCGGCCUUCAAGCUGCUGAGCUUCGAGGAUGGCUGACAUCGCCCAGACUCGGGAACCCCGAUAACCCAACCAAGCCCAGGGUAACGCUCCAGGUGGCUACGGCCCUGGACAUCGACUGGCAUCUCCACAUCCCCUAUCGGCCCGAACCGCCAGGCCUGGAACAAAGGCACAGACAGCUCCAAGAAAGCCCCCUCUGGACCGGACUCAAUGGUUUACUCCCAUACCUCUUGCCCUUUCUAGGCCCUAUACUCCUGCUGGUUCUGGGCCUCACCACAGGCCCCUGCCUCAUCCAACUUAUUCUUCGCUGGGUCCAAAAAAUAGCGCGGGUUGCGACCGGACGGGCCAUGCUCCUAACAGCUUAUACUCGACUCAAUCAAAAAGACAUAGACCCACUUCACAAUCCUGCAUAAGCUGACCUUUCGUCCCGGCUGGCCCCUACCCCUCGCCGCCCCCGUUCAGCAGGGAGAAGCCAGAGAGAACCGGCGCCCCUUGUCCUAUAACAAAAAGGCCAGGAUGAAAGGUCGGAGCAUGCCCCGGGAAAGUGCUGCAAGGCAAAUUCCGGAGGCUGGCUAAACUUCCAGGGGCUGGCCCCCUGCAGCCUGGCCCAAUCAGGUACCAACAUAAAGCCCUCGGACACUGACCACCGCUGUAGCCCGCGCUUUCUUCCUUAUAUGAAAAGACCUGC